GGGCGUCAAGCAGUCGAGGGAGAGAUGCAGAGUCCAGACUGUAGCUCGACAAGAUGACUUCCAUCUCCGUUCUCGCCGCUCAGAGUUUCAGGAACUUCGUCCAUCACAGAAGCAGCUCGAGAUUCCCUUCGAGCACAAAAGAUUCAGCUGAGCUUACAUCACCUGUCUGCCGGCUUUCAAAUACUGGUCGAACAAAGUGUUGCAGCGUUGCAAGGCCCCGAGUUGCGGAAUCGCAAAGACAGUCGGCUCAACUCCGACGACCUUCAGGUUUGCGAGAGACCUCGGAGGUAUUCAGCCGUUUAGAAGGAGGCAGAGCAACUUCGGGCACAGGGUCUGUCAGCAGAAAAAGAGUUGCAAUCGUUCCGCGAGCUCAAAACGACAGUGACAGAAUGGGCGGGAAAGAGCGUCAUGAGGGAAAGCACAAGAUCCUGGCAGUCCUGUACAAGGCUGGGGAGUACGCUGAUAACAAGAAGUUUCUGGCCUGCGCUGAGAACGGCCUUGGGGUGAAGGAAUGGCUUAAGGAACAAGGACAUGAGUUCAUUGUGACAGAUGAUAAGGAGGGACCAGACUCUGAGUUGGAGAAGCAGCUGCCAACGAUCGACAUUCUGAUCACGACGCCGUUCCACCCGGCGUACAUGUCCAAGGAGCGGAUCCAGAAGGCCAAGAAUCUGAAGCUCAUCAUCACUGCCGGCGUGGGCAGCGAUCACAUUGACCUGCACGCGGCAGCCGAAGCAGGCAUGACCGUCACUGAGAUUGCCAAGAGCAACGUGACCAGCGUAGCAGAGGAUGAGAUUAUGAGAAUCCUGAUCCUGAUUCGCAACUUCAUUCCUGGAUACCAGCAGGUCAUUCACGACGACUGGAACGUCGCCGCUGUUGCUCACAAGGCGUACGACCUGGAGCACAAGACCGUGGGUACGCUGGGCGCCGGUAGCAUCGGCCAGGAAAUGAUGAAGCGCUUGCAGAACUGGGACCUGAAUCUGCUUUACUACGCGCGCCACCAGAACGAGAAGAUUGAGAAGUUUGGGGCUGUGUGGGAGAAGGACCUUGACACCUUCCUCAGCAAGUGCGACGUUGUAUCGAUCAACGUGCCUCUCACCGACAAGACCAGAGGUAUGAUCGGCAAGGAGCAGCUGUCCAAGAUGAAGAAGGGCGCGUACUUGGUAAACAACGCGCGCGGCGACAUCGUGGUCCGCGAGGCGAUUGGCGAGGCGCUCGAGAGCGGCCAGCUCAAUGGCUACGGCGGGGACGUCUGGUACCCCCAGCCGCCGGGGAAAGACCACCCUUGGCGCCACAUGCCGAACCACGCCAUGACUCCCCAUCUGUCGGGAACCACGCUCGAUGCUCAGGCUCGCUAUGCUGACGGCACCAAGAAGAUUCUUGAGUGCUGGUUUGAUGGGAAGCCUCUUCCUGAAGAGGAUUACAUUGUGAGGGAAGGAGAGCUUGCUUCCCAGUACCAGUAAUUUAUGUGAAGGCAAUUGAGUGUAAAAUAGCAGGGACAAUUGGGAAUCGGCGUUCUCAACAAAGUGUUGCAAUACAACAAACAAGUGUUGCAGGACAAAUUUUUGAACAAACAAUUGGCACAAGCGGUCCGACGCUCUCUCACUGUCUCUACGUCAAAUAGUAGAGAGAUAACGAGGGCGUAAUAUUGUGAGGGCGUAAUAUUUUGUAAUUGUUGGUUUUUUGCUCAAUCCAUCACCGUCGGUCG